CAAUUCGACCCGACCCGACCUGACCCGUAGCUUUUAACAGUGAAGUAGUGGAAACUUGAACCCUAAACCCGCGUCGUCGUCUCUCUCUCUCUCUUCCAUCGCCGACUAUGGCCAAAGAGAAACUUAAACCUCUUCUCACCUCUGAUGGAGGUGAAAUCGCCGAGACUCCUCCCCGAGAGAAGAAGCAUAAGAAGAAGAAGAACAAGAAGCGAGCUGAACCUGAUCCCGACUUGCCUUCAACGCGUGAUUACGAUAUAGGUGUUGAUGAAGAUAGAGAUGGAGUGUUGGUAGACGACGAGCCAACGAUGGGUGAUAAGUUCGAGAGUCUUAACUUAGUAGGCGGAGAGAAAGUUAUCACUGAUAAGCCUCCUACUGCAGCUUCUGUGAACGUUCUUCUGAGACAAGCUUUGCAUGCUGAUGAUCGGUCUCUUCUACUUGAUUGCUUGUACAACCGAGAUGAACAGGUGAUUGCUAACUCGGUUGCUAAGUUGAAUUCAGCAGAAGUACUCAAGCUUUUGAAUUCUCUUCUACCAAUACUACAGUCUAGGGGUGCAGUAUUAGCUUGUGCGAUUCCGUGGAUAAAGUCUCUGUUACUUACUCAUUCCAGUGGGAUUAUGUCCCAGGAGUCAUCCUUGCUCGCAUUAAACUCCAUGUAUCAGCUCAUCGAAUCUCGGAUAACAACUCUUCACACUGCUGUACAAGUUUCAAGCGAAUUGGACCUGAUUGUGGACGACUUGGAUGAAGAAGAAGAAGAAGAUGAAGGUCCUGUGAUCUAUGAGGACAAGGACAGCGAUGAAGAAGGAGGAGCAGGAGCAGAGGAAGCAAUGGAGACAGAUGAAGAGGGAGACGAAUCAGAGGAUGAAGAUGCUGAUGGUGUCAAUAGUUUUGAAGAUUUUGACGACAUGAGCGAUUGACAAGACUUCCUUAAAACGGAAAGAGUUUUGAUUUGUGUGGGGCAUAUUGUUUGUUAGAUGUUAUGAAAGCACAAGUCUCGGCACGAAUUUUGUAAUACGCAAUGGUUCUAUCAGUUGGACUUUGUCCUGAGAAAGAGUUUAUUUGUUCUUAAAAAAAUUUGACGCCAAUAUGAAAAGUUAAGCAUGGUAUAAAAUUUACAAUUUCCAAUAA